GAACGGCAGACGUAAAACAUCAGAAAUUGUAGCGGUCAGAUUUCACUGUUUGUUCAAAAGAUUUGACCCGAAAUUUGACAAAAUUAAAUAUAAGCUUAUCUGAUCAGAUAGACUUUGUUAAACAAUCAAAUUAGCUGUGAGAGAAACAAUAAAAUAGAGUGACAUAUAUUGUUUAAUUGAUUUAUCUCCGAUUGCGAUACAUGGCAGAUAUGAACUACGGGAUAAUUUAGUGACUUGUCUCAAUGUCUGGAGGGUAAAAACAAUUAAGUUCAUAAUCAGAUACUGUAGGUCUUUAUUACGAUCAAAUUAAACUUCGUACAAAUUUGUUGAAAUAAUUGAACUGGAUAUUUUGAUUACCUGAUUUAGGUUUCCAGUCAGCAUCUUUAAUUGCCUCAUCAGCAGCCACAAUCGCAUAAGCACUGGCAAGGGACAUCACUCUUUGGUCAGCUUGUGAUAUAUGAUCAUCUAGAUUUAGCUCCCCUGGAUUAUUUCCUCUUGGAACAAGCCCAGCAACUUUGCAAGGAAUUUGGUCAUAUUCUGUAGAAACAAAGCAACAGAAUGCUUAAAACAAAUGAGCAUACGAAGAAUUUACCCAACAUGGGCGGCAUGGAUUUAAUGGCACAUCGGGCUAGCAUAACUCCUUCAUUGGCCUCCUCGGGAGACUUCUCUGUUGAAUCCGAAUCUGGUCGACAUCGACAGGGACCAUACCUUGAAGGAAAUAUGAAACUACUUGCUACUGUGGAAUGUCCAGCAGAUGUAAUGUGUAACAGAUUCAGUGAUGAUGGAUCAUUAUUGGCUGUUGGCCUUAUAGAUGGAUCUAUUAAGAUUUACGAAUCAGAUCCACUGACAUGUAAUUGUUUACACAGUUUACAAGAUGAUGAAACAGUGAAAGCAAAACUCCCAGUCACACAAAUCAGAUUUAAACACUUUGAGGCAGGAGACAAACCAGAACACAAGAGGGUAGUUAUAGCAUCAUAUGCAUCUGGAAUGGUUAAAUUUUGGCAUUUUACAACAGGGAAGUGUUUACACACAAUACAUGAUGGGGAGACUUCACAAAUCCUGACAUUGUCUGUUAAUCCAGAUAACACAAUGUUCUGUACAACAGGUGACAAUCCACAAAUUCAUUUGUAUGACAUGGAAACAUUGAAGAGAGUCAAUACACUAGAACCCAGUGAGGCGAGUGAUGGUCAGAAUGUAAUGGAUGGUCACCAGUGUCGAGUAUUUGCCCUCAUGUAUCAUCCAACCAUACCGCAUGUAUUCUUAUCAGGGGGCUGGGAUGAUACUGUACAGUACUGGGAUGAUAGAAUGAAACACUCUCAAAGACAUAUCAGCGGGCCUCAUAUUUGUGGAGAUGCUAUUGAUAUAGAUCCAAGACAUAACCAUAUCCUAACAGGCUCAUGGUGCACAGGGGUAACAUUACAGAUAUGGGACUUUAACUCAGCCAAGAAGAUAAAGGAUGUGCCACCGGAGCCAUUAAACAACACGAUGGUUUACUGCUGUCAGUGGCUUGGCCAUGACAGCAUAAUCUGUGGGGGACACAAUCAUAAUAUGGCUAGAAUUAUUGAUAGAGGAACAUUGAAUACCACUGGUCAGUUGUUGGAUCUUCAGCAGAGUGUGUAUUGUCUGGACAAUGAUCAUAAAGGUAGUCAUCCACGUGUUGCUAUUGGCAGCCAGAACUUCAUCUAUAUUGUCAGGGAAGAAAAGAAAGCCAGCUGAUUGAUUUAAGUUAUUAUCUAUUUGCUAGCUGAUUGACUCAGUUAUCAUUUUUCAGCUAGCUGAUUGAUUGAAUUAUCAUCUUUAAGCUAGCUGAUUGAUUCAAUUAUCAUCUUUGAGCUAGCUGAUUGAUUUAAGCUAAUUGAUUUAAUUAUUAUCACUUAGCUAGCUGAUUGAUUUAAUUAUCAUCUUUUAGCUAGCUGAUUGAUUUAAUUAUCAUCUUUUAGCUAGUUGAUUGAUUUAAUUAUUAUCUUGUUACAGGAUGUUUUAGUUUACAUGAAUGUCUCUGUUCAAGUUUGCGUACCAUGGCAUUUUUACAUGGAUUAUGUGAAAAUAAGUCAUAAAUUUAUUAAGUAUGUUUAUUGUAUAAUGUUUAGUAAAGAUCAAAUCUAGAUAUGUGUCAUCAGUGAUUUGCACUGCAGUUGAAAUAUUUAAUCACAUUAUAUUCUUUUGUUUUGUUUCUUUAUUUAUUAAGAAUAUCUAGGUUUUGUUUUUGACAACAUUCAAAAAAUAAAGAAAAAGGUUUUUGUUUCAGUACAUUCAGUUAAAAGAAUAUGUUAAGAAGUUGAUGAUAUCAUUCUGUUAAAAGAAUAUGUUAAGAAUUUGAUAUACAAUGUGAAUAUUCAUAAAACAUUCCAUGCUGUGACUUGAAGAACUUUUAUAGAAGUAAUAUAUUAACAUGUUUUAUUUGUACUCAUUUAUCAAAAACAAAGUUUUAAAAUUAUGUAUCUUCUUACAUUCCUUGAAAUCACUUUACUUUUAUUAUAUCUGUGAUUUUUUCAGCAUUUAAACACGUUCUGAUUUUGUUUCUAAAGUUCAUUAUUUACACUUUGAUCUUCUCAAUGUUUAAAAGAUCUGAAAAUUUAUACAUUUCUUUACCAUCCCCUGGUAUGAUAUUUCUUCGAGUAUCAAUUCUUAAGAGUGUCAAGUCUUAAAAGUGUCAAGUCUUAGAGUAUCAAGUAUCACCCAAGAUAUUUUGUAUGAGCAUGCUUUCUAUGUACAUGCAUGUGCCAUAACAUGUCUGACAAAUAUAUUUAUAUAGUAAAUAUGUUGUGACAGGUCCUACCAUUUCCUGUUAAUACUUUUUUAACCCUUUACCUUCUGAAUUUGUAAAAUGGAUUUGCCCUGCUUUUAAAUUUGGAACAGUCCAUUUGAAAAUUUAAGGAUUUUUAUAUACACAUGCCAAGCAAUAUAGAGCUUGUUCAGGCUGCACAGAUGUGUAUGCUGGCAUAGUUCUAUACUGGCAGCAAAGGUUUACAACUUUCAGUUCUGGUAGGUUAAGUGUGAGGAUGAUUUCGUGGGAGAUGAUAUACUGACAUGAUUGACUGAUAGAUUUGGAAACUGUACUCUGAAAUUUGUGACAAUUAAAUAUACUACAUAUGGUGAAUAAUAGUGUCAUUUCUGAAAAAAAAUAAAUCAUAUUGUUUGACUUCUUCUAUUACCAUGGUAAUCUUGGUAAGAUAAUGUGCUAUAUGCAAGAACUUUUCUUUGCUCAGUUGCAGUGUUGCAGAGGACUCAAUAAACAUUAUUGAUAUAUAUUUAUGUACAAAUAUAUUGUCAAAGGUUGUAAUCAACUUAUACAACAUAUUGUGAAGUAAUAUAAAUGUUAUUUAUUUGCUCAAAGCAUAAAGGGAGGUAAUAAACAACAAAGAUUAUGUGAAUUCUCAAGUUUUAUAUAGGGAAAAUAUAUAUUUUGUAAUGUCUUACUACAAAGAAGAUUUAAGAUGACAUUGUCGGCUAUUAUAAAUGGUAUAUUUUUUUUUAGUUUUAUAAAAGAUGAACAUUGUAGAGAAUUAAAUAUGUGAAUUUAUUUUUAAAAUGUAACUUUGCUAUGCUGUAGUCAAUAUGUUACUGUUGCUGUAAAGGAAAUAAUAAUUAACCCAUUAACCAGCUGAAUUUAAGUAAUGGACUUGCCUUGCUUGUGAUUUUGAAACAGUCCAUUUUAAAGUUUAGGGCUUUAAAGCCCCUUUGUGGCUGAGGGGUUGCUUUUAAUGGUUAAGUCUGAAAUAUGCAAUUAAAAAUAAAAAAGUAUUUAAUAAAAUUUCAUUAUCUUAGUAAUUUCAGUAGGUAAUAGACAAAUUGUAUUAAUUUUGCAAACUCCAGUGGCAUUUAAACAGGUAUAUGAAUUUCCGUCCAAUUUUGACUAAUGUAUUUAUACAUUUGUUUCUACAUAAUUGAGGUGUGUUUUACUAAAGGUAAUUAUAUCAAUGUGAUAUUACUGAUUAUAUAUCUGAAGUUUUAUGUCAAGUGCUAUAUACAUGUACAUGUAAAUUAAUAGUUUCUGUUAUUGUGUUACAUUAUUGUAAUACUAACUAAUUUGAUAUAUAAUUGAAAUAAAUAAUACUUGUGUUUGAA